AUUUCUAUCAUUUGAUUUACAGCGGAGGCUCCCCAGUACCAGCUGAGAUACACCACAGCAGCAGGGAUGGGUUCAGAGCUCUAUGACAUUGUAGUGCUGGCGACACCGCUUCAGGAAAGUGUCAGGACUGGAGUCCAGUUCGAAGGUUUCACUCCUCCCUUUGACCAGCUCCCUGGCAACUAUCACAGCACCGUAGCAACCAUUGUCCAUGGUUACCUCAACACCUCUUUCUUUGGUUUCCCUGACCCCCGCCUGUUCCCCUUCGCCAGCGUCUUGACAACUGAGACUCCCGAUCUGUUUUUCAACAGCGUGGCUAGUGUUUGUCCCGUCAACAUCUCGGCAGGCUUCCGGCGUAAGCAGCCACAAGAGGCCGGGGUCUAUAAAGUGUUCUCGCCACAACCUCUGGACAAGGCUCAACUCAAAACACUUUUCAGGUCGUACUACUCAGUGCAGGUGACAGAGUGGCACGCCUACCCCUGUUACAGCAGCAGCCGAGGACUGCCGUCUGUGGAGCUGCACCCUAAUCUUUACUACCUCAAUGGCAUCGAGUUGGCCGGCAGUGCCAUGGAGAUGAGCUCAGUAGCCGCCAAGAACAUCGCCCUGCUGGCUUACCAUCGCUGGAACAGACAGACUGACAUGGUGGACCAGAGAGAUCUGAUGCACAGGAUCAAGACUGAGCUAUGACCUGUCUAUCUGAAAGCAUUCAGCAGAGUUACUCAGAAAUGUGUUUAUGUGGAGAAGCAGAGAAGUGGUUUCUGGGUAAUUGUAACAUAUAGCAUCGCACAGCUGAGGCACACCUUCAAGUAUAUCUCCUGCUGAAUCUAAACAUCUGGAUUUGGUUUGACUUAUACACCAAUCAAAGAUGCUAAACAUAAUCUGACCCCGCCUUAUCCUGAAUGAACUGAAAUAUAUACAAUAUUGUUAGACAAACAAGUAUCAAAGUCAUGUCCAGUCUAAGUCAGUGUGACUUCACUGAUUCCCAGCCACGUUGCAGAUAAAUGAAACAUUUUGCUGUAUCGGCUGGGGAUUGAUUGCUAAUGCUAAUUAGCAGUUUCAUCCAAAAAAUCAGCUGCAGGCAGCUUUUCUUUGCCAAGAUAAUAUUUAAUCUCAGUAGAUUGUGGAUCGACUGUUGGAGGCUGUUUUAGUUGCUGGUGGUGUGAAUUAAUGCUAGUUAAUAGCAGCAGCAGUCUAAGGUAUUUGUUACUGCUCUGUGUAUAUAAAUGAUCCUGUGUCCAAGCCAAGAGAACACCUGAGAGGCAGGAUUGAGAGCAUGAAUGAGACACUUUUAAAUGGCUGUUUUAUAAUCUAAAAUAAUUGCUAUUACUGUCUAUAAUGUAAGGACUGUUCAUGCUGUUGGCAUGCACCAUACCAAGGAGUUCUCAUCUGUAAAUUAAAAUCAUUAUUCAGUGACUCGUGGUAGUGGCCACUGGUGGUAUGCUCUAUUGCCCCUUUCAUCAGACUCUUUCAUUAUCUCCACUUCCUGCUGUUUUUGUUGCGUAAUCCAGUGGAAAGAAUUUUUUUUUCAGGGAACGGUGCCAACGAGCUUUCACACUGGACCAAAUGAAAGCAGAGUACAGAUCCACGGAGCUGCCAGUGGUGAUGAUAACGCAAAAGCCUGGUUGAGAUUCUGCAUUUUUAAUUAUCUCUGUAAUUAAAGAAAAACACAUAACUCUUCAUUUGUUUUUCUUUGGUUGGACAUUCGCUUCCAAAAGUGGAAAAUGCUAAUAAAGAUGUGUGAUGAUAUGAUA